CUAGGACUAUCCGCCAAAAUAAAAAGGAUUGACCCAUAGCUAACUUCUACAUUGUAGAUGAUUUCAUCAUGUAAUUCAAGUUUUAUAUGCAAAAUUGGUAUUCCAUGUUGUAUAGGAUUUUGAUUUGAUCUACCCUGGAUUAAGUUUAUAAACUGAGGGAAACAAAGAUGGAGGACGAUUCUGAUAAUCCAGAGGAUGAAAAUGUUACCAUUACAUUUGGAGAGGAAGAAAAAAUUAACUGUUCUAAAUGUCUUCUGAUGAAGAAAAGUGAUUACUUUAAUGCCAUGUUUUCCUCUGGUAUGAAAGAAAGCCAUCAUAAUAUGGUAGAAAUAAAAGACAUGGAAGCAGAUGUCAUGAGGGAGCUGAUCAGCUAUAUAUCUUCUGAUGUACUACACCUAACAAAUGAAUCAGUGUAUUGUAUCACAGCAGGGGCUUGUAGGUUUCAGAUAUCUAGUGCCAUAGAAUUGUGUUGUGAAUUUUUAAGUGAUAAUCUGUGCCAUAAUACCUGUUCAAGUACAUUGGAGUGUUCUACUUUGUAUCAUCUUAAAAGUGUACUUAAAUUAACUAAAAGGCACAUGCAGCAUUACUUCACAAAGGUAUGUCAGACAGAUGAUUUUCUAUCCAUCCAAGUUGCAACAUUAAGAAGCUUAUUACUUGAGAAAGCCUUGAAUGUGAAAUCAGAAAUUGAUGUGUAUUAUGCAUUUGAACGAUGGAUAGAUGCUGAUGUAGAGAAUAGACAACAGUAUAUAAAAGAACUGUCGAAAUACAUUCACAUUGAAGAUAUGAUUAAUCCUUCCAUAGAACUCAACAUGCUGUCACAAUUCAAAUAUCUUCACACAACAAAAAAUGGAAUUUUACAAAGACUUGAAAAUAACAAAGAUCAAAUUAGAAGAAAGUAUCGACAAGUCCCAGAAGACCUGUUUUGUGUAGGUUUACAGAGAUUUGAUGAAGCUUCCCAAAGUUUCUGGUUUGAUCCUGUGAUCUACAAGAUUGAUAUGGCAAAGGAAUGUAGUAUACUGAAGGAUAAUGUUAUAGCUACAAUGGAAGAUGUUCUACCAAAUGUGGAGGGUCAUGGUGGUUAUAGUGUCUGUGUCAAUGGACAAGACAUAAUAGUAUCAGGUGGGGAACCAAAGUUAGGUAAAAACACAUGGAACCUUGGCAUUUAUUGCUAUAAUACCUUUACAAACAAGUGGCGGAAGUUGACAGAUUUACAGAGUCCGAGGCGACACCAUGCAUCAUGUGCUAUAAAUAAUUGCUUAUAUGUGAUUGGUGGAUAUGGACGAUUUAGAGUUAAACUUAAUUCUAUGGAAAAGUAUGAUUGUGAUGAAGAUAAGUGGUGUUCAUUGGCCCCAUCACCAACUCAUGGGUACCACAAAGCUUUGACAGUUUUACACAAUAAAAUAUAUGCUUUGUUCUGUAGUAGUGCAAUGUUUUGUUAUUCUCCCGUACAAGAUUCAUGGACAAAAUUACUCAUGUCGAGUGAUAUACAAAGUGGACUGGCAUUUCUUGGAGCAUGUACCUACAAUGAUGCAAUAUAUGUGAGAGCGAGUCGAGACUUGGUACAUGUGCUGGAACACUCUGAUGAAAAAUCUCUGGAAGUAACAAAUACAUAUACACAUUUUACCAAGAAGAAUAAUGAAGAAAUUGGAGGAUAUGUAUUUGGUAUAACUAUAUGCAAUGAUAUAAUGUAUUGUUUCAAAACUGACGAUGAAACCGGUUUUACAACAGACUUGUUGUAUGUUAAUUUACUUGAUGGUGCUAAGGAGAAUGGUAAUUCUAAGGUUGUAGAUGUACAAAUACUGAUGCAGCAUCAGUUAGACUUAGUGGCUGUACCUGUUUAUUAGAUAAAUCUUACUUCAUUUUCUACAAUGUCUUCAUUAAUAGGUUUGAUUUUAAUAUUUUUUAUAUUUUUACCGGUUUUUUAUAAAAAUGAAAAGAAAAAAAACAUAAAAAGAGUAUCAUUUACUUAAAGAGUGAUAAAAACUACAAUUUAAAAAUAUGAAAUUUUAACAUUCCAAUUAUUAACAAAAUGUUGAGUAUGAAAUUUAGAGGCUUGUUCACAGGGAUAUGUUUUUUCCUCAUGUAGACGAAGAAAUUAUUUUUCAGUACAAUGAUUUAUUUCAAUUGCAAUAAACAAAAUUCAAUUCAAUAUCUUAUUUACAUCUCAUGAUCACCUUAUGCAUACAAUAUGAUAUUAAAGGAUACAUUAUGUUUUAUACAUAAGCAAAUCCAUAGUACAGAUUUCUGAGAGAAAGUCUUUUCAGAGACAAUAACAGCAAAAACAGCAUGUUUAUUAGACAUUAAAAGAUAUAAUAAACAUAAUUGGGAAAUUAUUUACAAUUUAAAACAUCUCUGCAAUUUUGGAGAUUUAAAAUAACAGAAUUUUGCAGAUAA